AUGGCUACUAUACACAUUUGUAAGGAUAUAAAUAACGUAUACGUAUCCCAAUAUGCCGACGACUUUGCCCUGUAUUUGACUUACCAACACGUUAGAGAAGGAAGUUUGGCUUUACAGUUGGCUCUAAAUAAAUUUUCAAAAUUACUAAGCGUUAUAGGACUGGAUAUAUCGGCAAAUAAAAGUAAGGUCUGUAUAUUUAGUAAUAGUUUUAGAAGAGAUUCAGCACAUUUAGUAGUAAACGGGCGACAAUUGGAAACGGUUGAUAGUGUGAAGUAUCUGGGUCUUUGGUUGGAUCGGACUUUGAGAUGGGGUAGGCACAUAAGGGAAACUAAACAGAAAGUCGAAAAAUUCACAAAUAUAUUUAAAGUUUUAGCAGGCCCGGGCUGGGGAGUGCACCCGAAACACCUAAGACGCCUGUAUAUUGCCCUUGUCAGGAGUAGGUUAGAUUAUGCUAGUUUCCUCUACGAUAGUGGCAGUAACUCUCAAUUGAUGCAACUUGACAGGAUUCAGAACCAAUACUUGCGAGUAAUCGGAGGUUUCAUUAAAAGUACACCAAUACAUGUUAUGGAAAACGAGCUAUGCCUGCCCCCACUAAAUACUCGACGACUCUAUUUGGGGGGAAAGUUCUGGUUGAAAUGUAAGUCGCUCAAAAACAACUCGUCGAUAAAACUAAUAAGCCGCCUGACUGAACUCUGUCAAUUUGCAUACUGGAGAAGGAAAAGGAAGCCGCUUUUGGUGUCGGUGCAUGCAACAUUAAAUGACCACCCCAUACGACAAGGCAGUGUAAUAGAGAUGUUUUCUUUACCCACGUGGGUCAGCAAUAUGGAUUUGACAGAAUUAUUAAGACCUUUUAUUCCUACAAUAAGCGGCGCGAAAAGAAUACACAAUGUAUACACUUUAAAAAUCAUAUAUGAAAAAUAUAUGUCAGAAUGGUACUGUAAAUUCUAUACAAUUUAUACGGAUGCUUCGAAAAACGACUAUGGGAUGGGUGUGGCCUUUUACGAUCCACAGACUAAAGACCAUAUAAAACUCAAAAUUACGACAAAAAUGUCCAUAAUGAACGCUGAGCUUAUAGCUAUCCUUGAAGCCCUGUCUUAUCUCAGUUCCGUGGAAUUUAAUAAAUGUGUUAUUUUGACGGACUCCAAAAGUUCCCUUCAACAUUUAGCGCGAUGUUCUAGGCCAAGCUUUCGUGGAUGUCCUGUCGCAUACGAGAUCCUCAGUCUGAUAUGCCAAUUACGCAGUGGUGCCAGGGAGAUUGUGUUGCAAUGGGUGCCCUCCCAUAUAGGAAUAAACGGGAAUGAGAUUGCGGAUAAGUGGGCCAAAGAAGCAACAUGUGAGGGCGAUACAUACUCUUGUGUGCCGUAUUUUAGGGAUCUGAUGUACUUAAAUAAGGAACGUUGUUAUAGCUCUUUGAAAGCCCACUUUGACGUAAGAUCGUUAACCAAGGGAAUAUGGUAUAAAACCAUACAACCCAAUCUCCCUGGCAUACCAUGGUUUGUCGAUGCCAAAAUGAGCAGGCGUGAAGUUGUCACGGCACUGAGGCUUCGCUCGGGACACGUACCUUUAAAUAAGUUCGGGUAUUUAAUGAAAAAGGUGCCUUCACCGGACUGCGAGACGUGUGGAAAAUUGGAAGACGUUUACCAUGCAAUAAUGGAGUGUAGUAGUAGUGAAAUUAUUAGGCAACACAUUCCAAAUUUGAAUUCAUACUCGGUAGGCAUGUGCAACAGCAUUUUGGCCGCUCCUUUAUGUAAGGAGGCCAGAAUGCUGUUCAAUAUGAUUAAAACCGCCAUAACAAGAGUGUAA